CAGAUUCGGAAUUUUAGUGGGCAAACACGAGCUCUUUUAAUGUUGGGCCAAUGCGCGACGUCGAUUAUAAGCGUGGAAAGUCGUGUAAUUCGCCUCGCCUUUCCGGUUCAUUUGAGAGAGAGAGAGAUUUGUAUAAAUUUCCUUCAUUUCUCAUUCAAUUCGUCCCCCAAGUUGAUUUCAGUAAUACUCUUAUAAGUACAACCAAUAUGAGGAUUCUGUUUGCCCCCGCUAUGCUCUUGGCCACUGGAGCAAUGGCCUCGGAGCCUCUAUCCCUUGAGAAAAGGGGCCAGGAGUAUUGUGCAAUUGUCAAUGCACCUGAUGGUGUGCACUGUCGGAGGGCACCAAGUUUGAGUGCUAGUAUAUCUUAUACUUUCCAGCAAGGCGCAACUGAUCUUUACACGUGCUAUGACGAAGGUGAUUGCUAUGACGGCAACUGGUAUGUACUUGUUUCCAGAGUUCGGCUCCUAAAAUGCCGUUUUUCCCCCAGUCGAUACGAAUCCUCCUCUAACAUUAGUAGUACCUGGGAUUAUGCAUCAGACUUUCACUGUUUUGUUAACGGUUACUUCACUGAUAAUAAGUGCACCAAGGCCUCCCUUGGCCCCUGUUCUGCAUGUGGAUCUAACUGUUGAUGAUUCGGCAUGGUCAAUAGAUGCCUGAUAUAUGCCUUGGAGGCUUCUCACGUGGCCUCAAUUAUAUUAACACCGCUCUCCCGCUGGUUUUCUUUAUAUCCCCAUUAUCCCCCUACAAGUUCCCUACAAUCUGUGCGUAUACAGAUUGUAUAUCUAAUCACUCCUUUAUUCCUGUAUAAAAUCCUCCUAUACUCAAGUAUAUAUACCAUUGUAUAUGGUCACAUGACUUCGGAACUGCGUACCCCUA